GCUGAGCAGCUGCUGCUGCUCCCCAGCGGGGUGUGCGCGGGGAGAGCCCUUCCCUAGCGCCCCUCUGUGCCCAGCCGGGGGGACUUUCUCCGGGGGCUGGAACCAGCUGCUGAGCCGGAGCCUGCAGGCUGCAGAAUAACAUCCGUCCAGUCCAGCCACGUCAUCCCAGAAGCUAAAUGGCUUUAGCACAGCGUAUUCAGAUGCCCAUGACCUUUGAGGACGUGGCUGUGUAUUUCACCAAGGAGGAAUGGGCGCUGUUGGACAUGGGUCAGCGAGCCCUCUACAGGGACGUCAUGCAGGAGAACUAUGAGAAUGUGACCUCACUGGGAUUUCUGAUGUCCAGACCGGACUUGAUCUGUCAGCUGGAACAAGGGGAAGAGACGUGGGUCCCAGAUCUCCAGGGCUCGGAGGAAAGGGGGAUCCGGAGAGGUGCCUGCACAGCAGGUGACAAGAUCUUGUGUAAGAACGAGGGGGAGAAUCCUCAGCAGGAAGGGCCUGCACAAGUGGAACCACACGGGAUGGUAUUGGGAGGAUCCAGAGGAAAUGUUCCUGCACAGGGAGAAGCUGGUGGGAGUCAGAAUGGAUCAAAGAGGCAGAAGGAAAAGGACUCAAGGAAGGGACAAAGUAAAUCCACUUCCCAUGAGGGUGGUUCCAGAGACAGCAACAAAACCAUGGUCCAGCAGACUGGAGAGAUGCAGAAAAUAUGCAUAGACUGUGGGAAAAUCUUCAGUUGCAUCUCGCACCUCAUUAGACACCAGAGAACCCACACAGGUGAGAGGCCCUUUAAAUGCCCCGACUGCGGGAAAGGCUUCGGUCGGAGCUCGCACCUGGUUGUACAUGAGCGGAUCCACACGGGAGAGAGACCAUACAAGUGUGACGAAUGCGAGAAAAGCUUCAAUCAGAGCCCACACCUUAUUAGACACCAGAAACUCCACCUGAUGGAGAAACGCUGUAAAUUACCUGCCUGGGGUGGAGUGAAUACCGCAUUUCCCAGUUCCUUGAGUAUCCAGCUGCCUAUCGUUGGGAUCAGGGGGCAGCUGCAGGUGCCUCCGGGCUGCUCGGUGAAUCUCUGGCUCUGCCUCCUGUAGCAAACCGCAGGCAGAGGAGGAGAAGCCCUGAUCAGUUUUUCCUCAUUGCGGUGCUGCCAGGCCCCUCUGCCACUUGCCAGCCAGGUGGUGGUCAGGGAAAGAAGAACCCAGCUCCCCUAGACACUCAUCUCUGGGGACUCAAAUCCCUUUCCACUAACCAAUUCCUUGAGCUGAGCCACCUUUCUCAGGGCAGAGACCUGUCUCUGCACCAUCCUCUGGGACUUGAGCUGGGCCUCCCCCGCUUACCGGCGUUCAUGUGGGGUGGGUGCCCCAGAGGCCCUUCCCUUGCAGGCUUUCGGAGGAAACCAGGGAGAUCAACUGUUCGGGGGACUAGGAGAGGAAGAAUGGGCAGCGAACGGGUUGCUGGGAGUUUGAAUUGGGUGACUGAAUUAGCAAGUGAUCAGGUGCUGAGACGGGAUAACUCUGCACUAGUUGGCCAGAGCUCAUUGCUGCAAAGAGGAACACCAGCUCGAAGGAAAGGAACAAGGUGUUGUGUGCCAGGAUCACGGUUACUGUGUGCAAUAAUCUUCCCACCCAUGAGCCACCAGCAGCUCUGAGGCCAGCACUUAGGCAUUUUAGUCGGUCAGUGCAGAGUCGCAGCUCCAAAGAGUCGAUUUCUGAUGUUGGGUUAAAAUGACCUCAGAGCACCCUGGGCUAAAAGGGUAACUCAAGAAUGACAGCGCGGGGGGUUCCUCACUGGGAAUCUUCGAGAGAAAGUAGAGACCAGUCAUUUCCUAUGUGUAUUUGGGGUUUGCAACAAGCAGUGGGUGGUGGGAAAGGAAUGUGUGGCUUAUAUUUAUCUCUGGGGAAAUCACUGGGGUAUUGAACAGUAAUUAUGCCGAUUCUUUGGAAUGUCUAAAAUUAGUGACUAGUAUGGGUCACUGACAGUCCAGAUCUUUGCCCUUCCUGUGUCCUUCCCAAACGAGCAGAGUGGGGCUCAGUGAGGAGUCCCGCUGUGAUGCCACUCUGCUCACUGGGGAAUGGGAUUGAUUCUUUGAUGCCCGUUGCCCAUUUCAGGUGGCGUUUCACCCCCUCUGCGCUAGUUACUCCCUCUCCCAGAACUCUCUCUCUGUCGCACUUUUUUAUUUCUAUUUCGGUAAAUAAAACCUGCACCUA